AUGAGCAUUGUUGAAGAUUUUGUGGCACGGAUACGAUGUUACUUCGAACUUUCUCUUCGAAUAGAGAAGCUAGUCCCAGAGCUAUUAUGGGACCUAUGUUCCGGUCCCCUUCCACCGGAAGAACAACUUGAUCGGAAACAGUCGCUUGCACGUCAACUAGCGCGUCUUGUCGAUUUUGUGUUGGACUUUGACGCUGCCAAGAUGUGCACACCUGCACUGCAAAAUGAUUUUAGUCAUUAUCGUCGAGGAAUCGGUCUGGGUUUGCUCAAUACUAGCCCAUCCGAUAUUGAACUGGCUAAUUCGAUCUCCUUGUUUCUUGCCAAUCCUACACCGAUGUUAUCGAGUUUGAGCUCUGCUACACUCGAAUUUGUCCGUUCACAUCCUACGCUUCCUAUCGGAAACACUACUGACACUCUGGCGACAAUAGUCAGUAAACGUUCCGCUAUUUCUCAAAUGACAGUCUUGUCGUUUACCGAACUGUUUGCAUUGUAAGC